CAAAAAUCCUAAUAUAGAGGUUUCAGAAAGUAUGACAAAAGACACAAGUGCAGAAUCUAAGAAACCGCCAGGAACUAGUAGUAGACAGGCGCACCAUACAAAUAGACCGUCAGAGUCGCACUCUAAAAACAUAGUACAUAAGUCGGCGCCUACCCGGCAAACUAACAUCGUGCGUCCCAAAAGUGUACGUAAGACAGAUAACAACAAAGGCGCAUCAGGGUCGAGAUAUAGCUAUACUAAACAGAAAGCUUCCAAAACACUAACAGCAACUAGCGGGAGUGCGUCAGUGUGUGUCCAAUAUUUUUCAGAAAGCAGCAGACGGCGCCCGAACAAGUCUUCAGAUUUGAUGUCACGCAUGCUGCGCACCCGGGAAAAAUACAACGGGAAGGAAGCUGUAAAGAGAUGUUUGCGUAGCAUACGGGCGACGGAUCGCUCCAAAUUGAGACCUGAACACUAUGAGUUCGCCAUGCGGCUGGGGAUGCAGAAUUAUUGCGACAGGAGUGUAUUUAAUUUGUACUAUAGUGCUACAAAAGAGCACAGCUUCACUUUGUCUGGCGAAAGUAUAAAGCUCACCCUUCAGUGUGCCGAAAGGUGUGACGAGGUUCAGGUUGUUCGUCAUGUACUACAAACAGCUACCAACAUCCCAGCGGGUGGUACUCUACAAUACGUGCCGUUCUUUCGGGCGGCGAACUUCUUAUGCCGGAGGGGAAAGCAUCUGGAUCUGCUGUCAGAUUGUUUACAACGUGUGAGUGCCAACGAUGACAUGUUCAUGCUAACGAAUGCGAGAAGGAUAGCGAGUAUGAGUGAACCCCUAUUGUCAGGUAUUGGUCAGAUAGCUACAGAGCAUUCAAAUUAUUCGGCAGUAGCGCUGGUAAAUUCCAGUGUCAGUGCGCAGCCACACACUGUAGACGCAGUGACGUUAAAAAGGGAGCUGCCAGGAGAACAAGCACUCUCAGCUACUCAAAUAAGUGACGAUGUGAGCACAGGGAGUAGCCUUGAGAUUCAUCGAAUGACACGGUCAGCAGAGGUGGAUAGGUAUUUUGAUGCACUUGGUAUCUCGAAAAUGAUGUCAAUUUAUAUAUCGUUGGGAAUGUGGUCUGCCGCUCGCAAUCUGCUCGAUUAUGUAGGGGAAGCUGUACAAAGAAAUACACACAUCGCCACUGACAGUGCCGGACCUAGUGUACAAGCGAAGUCGAUUACACCAACUAGAAGUUCGUCCAUAGAAGGGGACGUGAUACCAUGCGAGGUAGUUCCUACGGAUGAAUAUUUUUGUAACUUUAUGGAUAUAGGUCAACUGGAUUCGCAAGGUGCGGCCCGGAGGGUUGUCUCUUCACGUGUGACGACGUUGAGUACAGAUGCUGCGUAUAUGGUGCAGCAAAUCGAUGAAAUAUUAGAAAUGUGCGACAAUCCUGACAAUGGGGAUGGGCAUAUUAUUCACAGCAAGGGUGGUAACAAAACCAACUAUGAAAAUAGGCAGAAUACUGACAGUCGGGAUAGUGACUUGCUAUCUACGAACAAUGCGGACUGGAAUAGUAAGCAGGUGACACGAUCGGUUGGGAAACAAAGGCGGCACGUGCUCGAGAGAACACCGGUAGAGACAUCGCCUGCAACAAUCGAGGAUCGGCAGAGUAUGCUGAGUGACAUACUUAGAGAUACAUCCAAUCAAGUGGAGAAUUUACGGGAGGCGUUGCUGUUCAAUAUAAGCACUAGAGGCCGGGAAGCACGAGCCUGCACCGAUGCGAAGACUUCAGUCAAUGACUGUAAAGCGCAGAUAGCUAGUCUGCAGAACGAAAUCGAAGAUCUCAAACUGAAAAGUGAGAUACUUAUAAUGCGCCACUUUUAUACAGUUAUGAAGAGCCUACCGACUGAAACUAGCCACCUGUCAAUAAGAACCACUGAGUCACAUCAACUGGAGAUGCAAGACGAAUCUUCCAAAUCGAGCGCCCUUUUUACAUUUCUGCAGGUUAUUUUGAAUCCCUGUGACGGGCGGAGUAUCGGCUUGGACUUCGACCGCAAAACACUCGUGGACAUGUUUCGGUUAACGGUGAAUAGUCUGUCUCGGAGUGGGUAUUGGCAGGAAGUUGUAUUCUUAAUAGAGGAUAUGAGGGAGAAACACAUGGUACCGCCACUCGCGAUGUUUGAGAAGGCCAUGUAUGUGUGUGGGACAAGCGACCAAUGGACCCAGGUCUUACACCUGCACUCAAGUCUACAGGUGGUGCAUCCUCAUGAAACCGAUCCGAUGAUUUUAUACCAAGGCUACUUAAAUGCCUCUGUGUCUUGUGAGCAAUGGGGUGCUCUGUAUAGGUUUGCAAGAUGUAUGCCGGCGCUCGGGAUAGUGCCAACAAGCGAGCUGGCGAAGUUGUUGCUGAGUCUAUCUGAGCUAUCAUCGAAACGCUCAAAGCAGAUAGAAACCAUGAGACACAUACCAAUAACAGUCAACACCGAUGCACAAAAGGCUAAUACAAUAGCUGAAAAUGGAUCUUCUCCAGUUUCGGUGGCAAGGGAGAUGGAUGUUGGGCUCAUGGUCUCACUGCUGGGAGAUGCAGGUUUUAAACUCAGACCGAAGCAUAUUUAUGAACUGAUGACGCACUCCCUAGAGAGAGAGCAAAAUCACACCCAAUGUAUAUGUAUAUUCGAGUCCGGCAUGAAAGCUUUACCUACGCAUGUAGGUGAGAACGCCUGUUCACCCGCAUACACUGAUGGAGGGGAAAGAACGUGCAAAUAUAUCGACGCAAUUACAACAAUGGCAUUCGAGUCAUAUAUAUCAACUCACAAAUGGGGUGAGGCAGGCAAUGUUUGGCUUGGUAUUGCUGCGCAAGAAGGGAGACCCUUAAAUUGUAUCCUCAAAUCUGAGAUGUGGGAGAAGUUAUUUACUAAGCUAAUCCAAAGGCAUCGUUCCGCACCUGUGGCGUGUAGAGCUUCUGCUGCUGCGCCCAUCGCCGAGCUGAUAUAUGUUGGCCUGACGAAGGGGUUAAUACGAACUGAGUCAGAAUACACCAGAGCACUAACUUGGUGUGGGCUGGUGCAAGACGGGACACUCACAACCCGACUUCUUCACCAGAUGCGACUAAGUUUGAGGCUGACACCUUCAGCCGGCAAUUUGAAAAACGUGCUUACGACUCUGUACGAGUGUCAAUUGUACAAGGAAUACACGGAACUAUAUGAAAACAGUGACAAAGCCGUAUCAUGGGCAGGACCGACUGUAGAGUACUCAGUCAUGCUAAUGGACUGCUACUUUGCGUUGGAAGAUCAUGUUAAAGCAAUACAAGUACUAAGGAUGCUACACGCACAAUAGCAAGGAAGUGGGAGCGGAAGGCGGCUAGACACGGAAGAGAUUUGUCAGCUGCCACGGAAUCUCGCUCACGAAAUCAAAUAUUAGAUACUAUACCUGUGGUAUAAAUAAAAGUAUAAAGUGC